GAGGCUGUCCGGCUCCCCGCCGCUCGGUGCUCAGUGGCGGAGAAGGCGGGGCGGACGGGCCCGGGAAGCGGGAAGGAUCCUGACUCCCGGCCAUGGCGGCGCCCGGUGCGCUGCUGGUGAUGGGCGUGAGCGGCUCGGGGAAAUCAACCGUGGGCGCCCUGCUGGCCUCCGAGCUGGGAUGGAAAUUCUAUGAUGCGGAUGACUAUCACCCAGAGGAAAACCGAAUGAAGAUGGGAAAAGGGAUCCCACUCAAUGACCAGGACAGGAUACCAUGGCUCUGCAACUUACAUGACAUUUUACUAAGAGAUGUAGCCUCUGGACAGCAUGUGGUUCUAGCCUGUUCGGCUCUGAAGAAAGCGUACAGAGACAUCUUAAUACGAGGAAAAGAUGGAGCAUCCCCGAAGUGUGAUGAGACGGGGAAGGACAAACACCCAGCUGAAGUGAAGCUCCUCGUGGUCCAUCUGAGUGGGUCCUUUGAGGUCAUCUCUGGGCGUUUACUCAAGAGAAAAGGACACUUUAUGCCCCCUGAGUUAUUAGAGUCCCAGUUCGAAACUCUGGAGCCCCCAUCGGCUCCAGAAAACUUCAUCCAAAUCAGUGUGGACAAAAAUCUUUCAGAGAUAAUUGCUACAAUCGUGGAAACUCUAAAAUGAAAAUCGCUUCAGAUCGGGGGUCCAGAACAAUCAGGCAGACAUUUCCAUCCCAUCCCAAACUAUGUUUUAUUGGUUUUUCCAGUAUUCUAAUUUCUUGGGGUGAACAAACCCUAGUGUACUGAACUCUACUUGCCUGGGUGUAUUUUUAGGCAUUUGUGCUCUGGCACAUGAGGAGGAGAUAGGAGGGCACUUUGAAAGUAAAGCUUCAAUAGAAAUUCAAAUUCCUGUGACCUAAUCAGAUGAUCAGAGGGAAUUCUAUAAUCAAUGCUAUAAAUCACCUCAUUUAGAACAUCCUUGAUCAUGCCUAGAUCUGAACAAAUAAAUGAAACUUGGCUAUACCUGGCAUCCCCUGGAAACUGGUCACAGGAGUAGAAAUGUGUAUAAUGUGUAAACGUGUGUAAAACUGACCACUCACCAGCAAGUCCUAAACCUCUCUCCUUGGAUCAUCUCAAGAUAAAUAACAAGUACAUAUAGUUCAUGGAUAUAAAAAACGGCAAAGGUGGAACUUCAGUGGAUGUAGCCUGGGACUCACUGACCCAACUGUCCCACUCAUUUUACGGAAACCCCUGAGAUCCGGUUGGGGUCAGCCACCAACCUCUCUGCUGCAAAAACCGUCAGCAGUGGGCUCUAGGAUAAGGAAAGAACACGAGAGCUGCUCUGACCCAAAUGUGAAAUGAACCUUCCCGCCGGGCAGCAGUGUGCCAGGGGCAGCUGGGCUGGGUGAGGCUGUGCCGGAGGUCAGAGGCCUGGGUUUCAGCCCUUCCCCCGGAGGCUCCAGAAAGAGACUUCCUUAUCCUUCUAUCCUAACCAAGGUCCUGGAAUGCAGCUACUCUGCAGGGCCACUGAUUUGCCUUGCCCAGAGAGUGGGUUUUGGAACUAAUUACCCAUUUUUUUUCCCACCAGGGCAGGCAGCCUGUCUUGGGAACUACAAAGAGAAUACGUGCCAGGGGUGCCAGAGGCGUGAAAGGGCCCUUGUGGGUAGACAGACCUUGCUUAAGGAGACAUGAAACCUCAGAUUUUCCUCUCUGCCAGAUUUGAGAGGCAUCUGCUGUCUGGCUUCAGUCUACAUCAGCUCUCACUACUCGGGGUCCAAGCCCUCAAGUUGACCAGUCCCACAGACUCAGGCUGGCCGAUAGUCACCCCAGUCACAGAGGAGGGACUCAGGCCACAGUACUCAGUGAGUCCAGACUGAAAACCACCAUGGGCACUCUGCAGCGUCUGCGGACCUGUAAUGGGACACAGAGCUCCAGCUCUCAGGUGGCUUACGUCGGGGUGGAAGGACAGGGCAUCUCCCAUCCUCUGGCAUGGGCUCGAGUUCUCAGCAAAGGCCACUGCUCACAAAAAAACUGAGUUUCACUCCACUGGACUGUCCCAUAGGACCUGGUGAACAAGCCUGCUUAUAAUUAUAAGAGCACAAGCUAUUUUAUGCAUAAAUGAAAAUGUUUUUGCAGUUGUAA